UGCUUGAUUUUCCUGGCUGAGUUCUUCUUUCUACCCUCUUCCAUUCCCUAAAAAACCCUAACCACAAAACGCACCCAAUUGAAAAUCCAAUCUUUUAUUUCAAAGUUACUCGAUAUCACAUUUCAAAUUUCACGAGCAAAUAGUUUCGAUUGCUUCACCAACAUGACGGCGUCUAACAAGAGAAACUACAAGGAGAAACCAAUUCGACGCAAAGAAGAAAAACCGGAAGAACCGGAAGUGCCAAAAUACAGAGAUCGAGCUAAGGAGCGAAGAGAAGAUCAAAAUCCUGAUUAUGAACAAACUGAACUUGGGUUUCAUGCAGUUGCUCCACCUGGUACUGUGGAUCUUCGGUCAUCUGAUGCGCACAAGUUAUCUAUUGAGAAGAGCAAGUACCUUGGAGGCGAUGUGGAGCACACACAUUUGGUCAAAGGUUUGGAUUAUGCUUUGCUGAACAAAGUAAGAAGUGAGAUAGAGAAGAAACCAGAUGCUGGGGAUGAUACUGAUGGGAAAUCCAGGUCAACAAAGGAAGAUCAACAAGUGUCAAUUCGUACAGCAACUGCUAAGUCAGUUUAUCAGUGGAUCGUCAAGCCUCAAACAAUCAGUAAGACAAAUGAGAUGUUCCUCCCUGGUCGAAUGACAUUUAUUUAUAACAUGGAGGGUGGAUACCAUCAUGAUAUUCCAACAACCUUGCAUCGUAGUAAAGCUGACUGUCCAGUGCCAGAGGAAAUGGUUACAGUUAAUGUUGAUGGAUCCGUUCUAGAUCGAAUUGCUAAAAUAAUGUCAUAUCUUCGUCUUGGUUCUUCUGGGAAGAUCCUAAAGAAGAAAAAGAAGGAAAAAGAUGCAAAAGGGAAGAUUUUGGCCGUUGGUAAUGGAUAUGACAAAGAGGAUAAGCCAUCAAAGGUUGAAAGUGGAGCAAAACAUCAAGCUGAAAAAGAAAUAAUCCCACCUCCUCCGCCACCCAUAAAGAAAAAUCCUCUUCAUUCAAGAGAGAAACAAGGCCCAGCUGUUGCUAGAGCAGAAGAUGAUGACAUUUUUCUAGGUGAUGGUAUUGACUAUGAUGUACCUGGCAAGGACUUGAGCCAAACUCCUGUCUCCGAGGACAUGGAAGAGUCUCCUAGGAACAAAGAAAAACCUUCAUAUUUCGAAGAACCUACUUAUGGUCCCGUCCCACCUUCAAUGCUUCCCCAAGGGUGGCAAGAAACUAAUGGAUACGAUGUAAUGCAAACACAAGCCUUGGCUGGCGGUUACCAAGGAGAGUGGCAAGAGUACCAGUAUGCUGAACAACUGGCUUACCCAGAUCAAUAUCUUCAACCAAAUAUGCAGGCCUAUGAUGUGCAAGGAGGUGUAAAUCUUCCUCAAGAUCCACGCUUUAUGACACAAGAAGAGAAGGACCGAGGUUUGGGAUCAGUGUUUAAGCGAGAUGACCAGAGACUUCAACAGCUGAGGGAGAAAGAUGCCCGUGAAAAAGAUCCCAACUUCAUUUCAGAGAGUUACUCUGAAUGUUACCCAGGAUAUCAAGAAUAUAACCGUGAGAUAGUGGACAGUGAUGAUGAAGACGACUUGUCCAAAAUGGAUAUGGGUGGAAGGGCAAAGGGUCGCCUUCAUAGAUGGGACUUUGAAACUGAAGAGGAAUGGGCAACUUACAAUGAGCAGAAGGAAGCAAUGCCAAAAGCUGCAUUCCAGUUCGGUGUGAAGAUGCAAGAUGGUCGGAAGACCCGAAAGCAAAACAAGGACCAGAAGCUCAAUAAUGAUUUGCACAAGAUCAAUAAGAUACUUGCGAGAAAGAAGAUGGAAAAGGACACAAAUGGAGAGGGGGGCCACCAUUAUGAUGAUGAACCGACACCUGGAAAGAAGCUUCGAAUAUGAGUUCUAGUAACCAUAUUGUAAUGUUAAUAGAAUGAGAUGAGAAUUGCGUUUAUAUCUCAAGAUGAUGGAUUAGUAUGAUCAAUUUUUCUCCUUUAAUGGAAAUCUUAUUCAUGUUUUCUAUAAAAAUAAAUAGCAAUAAGAUCAACCCAAUGUGUUAAAUGA